CUGCAGGAUACUUGUUCAGAGCUAGAAAACUGUAUUCCUUUUGCCAUUCAUUUUGGAGAAAUGACUUCAGGCAGAUCGUGAGUAGAGUAAAUCUGGGGAAAUUACAAGGGGGAGGAGUUCACCUUCCUGGCUAUGGCUUUCAGGUCUGUCCAGGACUACUUACUCCAGUAUAAAACUGAGAGCAGAAAUAUGAUCACAUACUAAGAAGUCUAAUCAAUUCUGGUUUCAACACUGAGCCUAUUUAAAAUAGAUAAUGGAAUUGCUGUUCCUUGUUCUGUUCUCUCUGCACAUUCUCAAGACAGAGGUAGUAGUUGGACAACAUUGGUGCUAUCUGUCGCAGAAGAACGAAGAGCCAACCUGUGAAGACCCUCGACACUGGCAUGCAGUAGAUGCCAACUGCAAAGGAAGCAAACAGUCACCCAUCAAUAUUGUCACCAAAAACGUCAUUUAUGACAAGAGCCUGACGCCACUGUAUUUUGAAAAUUAUGAUGUGAAAGAGACCUCAAAAUGGACAAUAGAAAACAACGGACAUACAGUUAAGGUAACACUGAGCACGCACCCUAAAAUUGAAGGCGGAGGUCUGAAUAGAAGAUACAAGGCGGUAGAAUUCCAUCUGCACUGGGGAGUCCAAGAGGAACAGCUCUACUUUCCUGGGUCAGAACACAGCAUAGAUGGUGAAAAACAAGCUAUGGAGCUUCAUAUUGUCCACAUAAGAGAAGAUGCUUUGGAUUUAACAGAUGCAAAGAACUAUGCAGAUGGUAUAGCUGUGCUAGCAUUCUUUAUAAAGAUUGAUGAAGAAAAUAAAAACUAUACAACUCUAAUAAGUGAAUUAGAUAAUAUUCUACAGAAAGACACGUCAUCACAGAUGGAGCCGUUGCCGCUGAAUUCUCUUCUCCCACCGACAUCCGAACUUGAAAAGUACUAUCGGUACGAGGGCUCCCUCACCACUCCUGACUGCCACGAGACGGUCAUCUGGACAGUGUUUGAGAAGCCAAUUCAACUCAGUUUAUGGCAGGUUUCCCAGUUCUCAUCAGUUCACUUCGGAGGGACGAACUCAACGCUCAUGUCUGAAAACUUUCGGCCUGCUCAGUUUCUGAAUGGUCGAUAUGUGUACUGGUCCGGUGCCAGCAGCCUCCUGCCUCCUGCUCAUGUUUUAAUGUUGGCUCUGAUCCUUCUAUACCUCCUGAAUUCUCUCUUCCAAUGAAUAAUUCUCACCUCAUUCAAGGUUCUGGGCUUUUAUUCUGUUUUGGUUUUGUAUCAAGUAUUCCCUCUAACCACUGAUUCCUUAAUUAUAUCUGAAUACAGAACAUUCUCUCCUCCUCCUUCGUACAUUAACCAACAAUUUCUGUUGCUGCUCCUAUAUAAAAUGAAUUCAUGGCCUAAAUUACAAAAAUCCUAAAGAACUGUAAGAUUAAACUACGAAGAUUCUCAUUUUAAAAACACUUAAAGAAAACGUUAGGAUGGAUUAUCAGCAAUCCUGUGGUUUUAACACAACACUGGAAGGACGCUUGAUAAGUUAUACGGAGGACUUUCAGGAGGAAUCUCUUCUUAAGUGCCUGGGAGGGUGUUUUUUUUCUGGAGUAUGUUUACAUUCAACACUGCGAGUCAGGAAGGAACGCCUGGAGGAAUUCUUGUUAUGCCUACAUUGUCCUGUAUGAAGGUAAAAUACAGAGCAUAGAGAUGCUCACAGAAUUGAACAACUCCUGGGUCAUUCUAUCCAGUGAAAGAAAUGACAAACUCACCUGGACUAACACAUUUUCCCCCUUCCUCCUUCAGAGUACCCAAAAGGUUAACUCUUAGGGAAGGAUACUGCAUUUCUUACAUGCAGUCUACUGACUCUGCAAUCCAAGUUUCUCUACUAAAUCUAUUUAUUCAGCCCAGUAUGAUGUUCUAGUCCAGGAUGCCCGUGACUGAUACAAUGUGCUAUAAAGAAAAAGGGAAGCUUGCACACAUAUAUGAGCUGCACAUCUGCAGAAAUUCCCUCUUUGUAGAGCUGUGUUUGGAGCACAAGACUUCCAAGAUCCUUCACAGUUUUCAUUUCUAUAACGAAAUGGAACAGUUCAAGAAAUGGCUCUUUCCAGUAUCACUUUUUUAGAAACACUUAAAUUUCAGUUUGAACAUCUCAGAGUGAAUAUUCCCACAAUUAUUUAAAGCAUAACAUACCUUCAAAAUAUUCAUGUAUGGUUAACAUUCAUAGUUUCAGUCAGAAGAUUUCAAUUUGAAUUGGUUUCUUCAGCUCUUACCCAGUUACAUUCAGGAACACUCAACAUACUGGAGAAUGGGAUUUCCUUGCACUGUUCCAGCUCUCUUUCUGAAGACAGACAGAACUGACUGCUUCCUUCAGCUAGUGCCAUAAGCAUUGCAGCUGCUUUGAGCAUUUUAGAUUUUGGCCAUCCCAGGAUGACAUUUCAUUCCAGAGGAUGACUACUUUCUUUAGGGCAAUGUUUGCAAGGAAGUCUCUACGUUACAGCUACACAGUCAUUUUCAGGACGAUAUGACAGUGUGACUAACUGCAGAUCACCAAAGGAGAAAAGUUAUUUUCAUAUUUAAUAAUUAAUAAUAUGAGCUUAAAAAAAAACCAUGGGAAAUCAGAUUUACCUUGUUAUGUUUAGAAGAAUGGUUAGGACUUUAACUGUAUUUUUAAGUAACAGAAAAUCUUUGGAGAAGCAAACAAAAAAGAAAGAUUAAAACUGAACGUACUAUA